CCAAGCUGUAUUGAAUGUAUGCAUUAACUAGCUUAAGUUGGCAUUUUGUGAGUUAUGAAAGUAGUUGCUAUCUGCUAAGAGCUUCCAAGAUCUCACUCACCCCCAUGCAGCUAUAUAUCCACAUUUAUUGCCAAGUUUCCUCUAUCUUUCCUAUUGUGUCUCUGGGAUAGUGAGAAAAUGGGAAGCUGUUCUGCUUUUUUUCUGGUAGCAGCAUUGUUGGUGACUGUAGAGGUCUCCAUUGGAGUUAAAGAAGCUCAACUUGCUUAUGACUAUUACAAGCAUUCAUGUCCAAGUUUAGAAGCCAUUGUCAAGAAAGAGAUUCUGAGCAUUUCCUUCUUGGAUGCUUCAGCUCCUGCUGCUUUUCUUAGGCUUCUGUUUCAUGACUGCCAAGUCCAGGGUUGUGAUGCAUCAAUUUUGCUUGAUUAUGAUGGCUUGACCCAUGAUUCCGAAAUGGUUUCUUCAAAGAACUUUGGUGUAAGACAUCGAGAAAAGAUUCAACGUAUAAAAACUACAUUAGAAGCUGUGUGUCCCGGUCAGGUUUCUUGUGCAGACAUAAUUGCUUUAGCUGCCAGGGAAGCAGUGUCCGUCUCCGGAGGACCACAAAUUCAGAUUCCUCUUGGAAGAAAAGACUCCACCACCUGUAAUCACCAACAAGCUAACACUCAUCUUCCUUCUUCUGGAAUCACAGUCGACCAAUUACUCCCUAUCUUCAGCUCCAAAGGAAUGAACCUCUUGGAAUCAGUCGCCAUCUUAGGUGCACAUACACUAGGUGGUGGGCACUGCAUAAAUAUAGUAGACAGAUUGUAUGAUCCACAUCCAGGAGAUGAGAUGAAUGAAGGCUAUCAACAAUUACUAAAAUUGGCAUGCCCAACAAGAACUCCACUGACAAAUCUCACAGUUGUGCCUAAUGACUUGACCCCAGUGGUCUUUGAUAACCAGUACUAUAGAAAUAUCCUGAUGGGCAAAGGCUUGUUUGGUGUGGACUCAAGCCUUUCCAGAGAUCCUCGCACUGCAGCCAUUGUUCAUAAGUUUGCUUAUGAUAAAAACUACUUCUUCCAGGCAUUUUCCUCUGCAUUUGUCAAGUUAUCUUCAACAAAUGUGCUCACCAAUGCAAAGGGUGAAGUAAGGAGAAUAUGCAACCAUGUAAACAAGAGAAAUCUGUAA